AGGCAUGUCAUUGCGAUGGAUUCAUAUUAUUAAUUACCGGAGCUAAUUGUAACAUACAUGGCUAAGGGGACCCGGUAAUUUCUUCGCCAUCAGUCAUUCAGACGGUCGAGGGUCGACGGUUAUGAAUUAAUGAUGAAGGUAAUACGUAAUCAGGAGAACCAGUAUAUAUGAGUUCAUACAAUUAUAUACUCGUAAUAGAAAUACAAUACAUGUCAAAGAAAUAUAUCUAAACACCACUCUAGUCAAGUCUUCUAACCCCUGGAUCAUAGGACUUUUAACUCACCUCUCCCUUGCCCAUCCCUAUUUCUGUACAAUAUAGUCGUCUCAAAAAUGGUCGCCAACAAGACCCUCAUCUUCAAGAAGGUCCCUACCGGACUCCCCAAACCCGGCGAGGAUCUCGUAGUCGAGGAACGACCCAUCGACCUCGACGCCGUACCCACCGGCGGCAUCGUCGUCGAAGUACUCUCCCUCUCACUAGAUCCUUACCUACGGAGCCGGAUGCGGGAAGCCAGCGUCCCAUCAUACAAGCCAGCUUUCCCCCUCAACGAGCCCAUUGAGAACGACGCCGUCGCCCGCGUCCUCAAGUCCGACAACGCCAAGUUCCGCGCCGGCGACGUGCUACGCAUAUUCCUGCCUUUCGCGGAAUACGUCGCCGUCACGCCAGAAAGGCUGCAAGGCGCCGUCAAGCUCGAGAACCCGUACAACCUGCCCCUGGACACCUACCUCGGACCCCUCGGCAUGCCCGGCCUCACCGCCUUCUCCUCGCUGUACAAGAUCGGCCAGCCUAAGCGCGGCGAGACCAUAUUCGUCAGCUCCGCCGCGGGCGCCGUCGGCUCGCUCGUCGGCCAGCUAGCCAAGCGGGAAGGGCUCACCGUGAUCGGAUCCGUGGGGUCCGACGAGAAGCUGGAUUUCAUCCUUCACGAGCUGGGCUUCGACUCCGGUUUCAACUACAAAAAGGAGCGGCCGUGGGACGCGCUAGGACGUCUCGCGCCCAAGGGCAUCGACAUCUACUUCGAGAACGUGGGGGGCGCGCACCUGGAGGCGGCGCUGCGGCACCUGCGCGAGCGCGGCCGCGUCGUCGUCUGCGGCAUGAUCGAGGGGUACAACACCCCGCUCGAGCAGCGGUACGGCGUGCGCAACCUGCUUGAGAUCUUCGCGAAGCGGCUCACGAUCGCCGGGUUCCUCGUCGGCGACGAGGACUUCGGACCCGCGUACGCGGAGAAGCAUCAGGAGAAUGUGCAGAAGUGGCUCGCGGACGGGAGCGUCAAGGCAAGGCUGCAUGUCACGCGCGGCAUUGAGAACGGCGCCCGGGGCCUCGUGGAGAUAUUCCAGGGGAAGAAUUUUGGGAAGGCGGUUUUGAAGAUUAAGGAGGAGUAGGUAGGAUUAGGACAAGCUUGGCUGCUGAUAGCUGAGCUACGAAAAGGGACUCGCGCGUGUGUUGGAGUGUCAUGAGAUGGUGGUGGGUGUGAUUUUGCAGCAUAGCCUCAUAGAGAUAGCAUUUUCUUGAUAGCGAAGCAUAUGUACCUUUACGUACAGAAUACAUGAUUUGUGAUUUGGCUGAUUUCCAAGUUAUUAACAAUGAUAGCGUAAUACUGGUAGAGGACUAUGUCUCAUCCCACGCCCAUGACCGAACAGGUCAGUUCUAUCUUGGUUAAAGAAACUGAUGAUCAUAAAUCGACUUCCUGAGGCUCAGGUUGAGGGGAUUCAAGCAAUAUUGAUCAAUAUACC